UUGAAAGUGUAUGGAAAAAAGCCUUUUAUAACAUUGAUUCUUGAUAUUUCCGAAACAGAGUUGACUUUUAAAUAUUAUUGUGUUAAAAGGCAUUUUUGACGCGCGUGGUUCCGUACAAAAUCUGACGAAAAUGAGUGCAAAUACGAUGUUUGGGAUACUCGUCUCGGGUCGAUUGGUCCAAACAGAAUGUCAGCUAGUGAGUGAAAACCAGGUUUUAUUUAAUAUUCCGGAGGCAGACAAUAUCAACCACAUAGUUGUCUUCAUGACAGGACAAGUCUCUUUUCCCGAGGGAUAUGGAGGUGCAGUGUAUUUUUCAUGGCCAAGCUCCUCUGGUCAGUCAUGGAUGCUUUUAGGACAUAUAACCAACAGCAAGCCAAGUGCAAUUUUCAAGAUUACAAAUCUGAAGCCAUCAGACGCCAACAACAGCAGCCACCCAUUUGGUGAUAUGGAUGCAGAGUCACACCUUGCUCAGAUCGGUAUUUCCCUGGAGUUAGAGAGCCAAUUACAGCAGCAGACCCCGGCCACAUUUGCUAACACAUCCAGGGUAGAACCAUUCAUUGAGUUCUCACAGAAAAUGUGUGAAAACUUGUUUAAUUUUGCCUCGUCCUUCUCUUUGACUCAGUCCCAGAUGACUGUAAAUCCUACUGAAGUGUUUGUGCCUUUAAGUAAGGUGUCCCAAUGGUUUGAGAAUUUCAAGAGAAGGCUGGAGCAAAACCCAUACUUCUGGAGGUCUUAAUUUACAAAUUACCUCUACCAGACUGGGUAGCUAAUGACCAGAAUGCGAAAAUGUAUAGUCUGAUCUGGAGCUUCUGUGGACACAUAUGGUAUAAAAGCCAAUUUUGCAUAAGGCAGUUCAGAUUAACUUCAUGUUUAAGGUUCAAUGAUUGAAGUUUGUUAGUUGCAAGGAUGCGAGUAAAAUUGACUUGGUGCUAACACUGCUUAUUGGCAUAUCUUUUUUAUGCUUUAAUGGUAACUAAACUAUAUUUUCAUACACAGCUUUUAAGGGAUUCUUAAUAUUUACAUACAUACAUAUACAUAUUGGGUUAGGGCCGCAGGCUGACUCAGCCUCUAAUAGCCCCCUCAUGGUCAGGGACCCAGGUUCUAUCAGGUAUUACUGUGUAUAAUUGGUCUUCCAUGAAUAUGUCCAAUCGGUUUUUAAAAGUAUUCAGUGACGGCGCUGUAACGUUUUCAUCUGUUAAAAGGUUCCAUGGUGUGAUUACCCUCUGAGAGAAGAAAUGUUUCCUGACAUCUUUCUUAAAAGACUUUUUCUUAAGUUUAAGUUAGUGUCCUCUUGUUGUAUUAGGAUUAAGAUAAAAAAAACUUAGUGUACUCAAUAUCUUCUUUGCCAUGCAACAACUUAUAGACCUCAAUCAUGUCCCCACUAA